AAAAUAUAAUAUCGUAUCAUCCCUGUUAUCACAUUACGUGAUAAGAUUAUCGUACAUUAUUAACUAAGGCGCGUUUAGUCUCAGUUUUAAUGGUUAAAAGAUUUGAAUGAAAAACUUUAAUCUUAAUUUAGGUAAACAAACGUACGCUGGUUAUUCUUAGAAACUUAAAUGCAUGUGAUUUCCACUAGUUAAUUUUCAAUUUACAUUCUUAAAAUGAACUGGCUGUCUGUGUUAUUUGCUUUGGAUAUGCUAAAUUUAGCAAUAUUCCUACCAGUAUUUAGUCCAUUUAUCAGGUCUAUAGGAGCAACCCCAUUCACAUUAGGAUUAAUAAAUUCCGCGAGUGCUCUAGUCAGCUUGCUUUGGAACCCAAUAGUGGGGAGUUUAAGUGAUCAAAUUGGAAGAAAACGAUUGCUAAUAACAUGCCUUAUAGCAAGUGCAACAGGAAGCAUUAUUAUGGCUUCUUCGACUUCACUUUUGGUAGUUGCUGUUGGAAAGCUCUUUGGAGCAAUGGGAACUCCAGUGGGAAUUCUUCUAAGGUCAACUGUAGCUGAUGUUUACGAGUCUCCUGAAGCGAAAAUAUUAUUUUUUAGCAGAAGCGCGUCAAUAAUGCAAGUGGCAUUUUUAGUAGGAUCUUUAUCAAGUGGAUUUUUAAGUGAAACAAAGCACGGAUUUACACUUGCGUUUUUAUUUAUGGCAUGUAUUAUGGGAGUUGCUGCAAUUAUUGCAAAUAAAACUGUCAAUGAAGAUAACAAGCUCCAAUCGGCCAAAAAAGAUAUUUCAUUUACCUCAACUGCUAUCGCCAAUAUGAAGUCAGCAAUUAUAAACAUAAAAACAAUUAACUGGCCAAAAUACAAAUAUCUUUUCUACGUAAAAGGAUGCUAUGAUUUUAGUAUUGCCACCAUAAUCACCAAUGUGGGCUUCUUGCUGCUUAACGAAUAUAAUGUAAAAGGAAGAACAAUCGGCUACGUUUUUGUGAUGAUUAGUAUUUGCCGUAUUGUUUCGAGCCGCCUAAAACUAAAACUGAAAAAUGUUCUUUUGAACAUUUCUGAUACAAAUAAAAUAGUUGCAGCGUCUUUACUUCUGCUCAUAUCAUACACAAUAUUGAGUAUUUCAAAUUCUUUGGGGCUCUUUCUUGUGGUUUUAGCACUUAUGAGCAUAGCAAGAGCCUUUAUGGAUACUACUUUGACUGAAAUAAUUACAACGAGAACAACUCAGGAUGAUAGAGGUAAAGUUAUAGGAGCUUUCGAGAAUUUGUACUCGUUUGCAAUGUUCGUUGCACCGGUUUUAAGCGGAGUUGUAGCAGAACUAUUUGGACAGAGACUUUUAAUCGGAUCAGCCACGGUGCCUAUUAGUAUAGCUCUCUACGCUGCCCUUAAGGAAAAUCAAAAGACUGAAUAAUUGCACGUCUCACCAAAAAGUGUGAAAAAUUAAACUGUACUUAAUAUUCUAAGAAGUUAUUAUUAUAAAUAAAUUAAUAUUUUUAACAAAUUUUAAAUGUUAACAAAAAACUAAAAUUAUAUGGAAAUUUAUGCAUA